GGGGCUCCGUGCAGGCGCGGCGGGGCUGAGCCGAGCCGAGCCGAGCCCGGGCAGCGUCGAGCGGGGCGAGGGCUGGUGCCGGUGCCCAGCGGCCGGGCGGUGAGGGCCGGGCUUGAGCCGCCGGUGAAGGCGAGAGGAGGAGGAGGCGGCGGCGGCGGCAGCAGCGGUGUGAGCUCGGGGGGUGCCGGUGCCACGCCGCAGCCAUGGGGAACCGCGGGAUGGAAGACCUCAUCCCGCUGGUCAACCGGCUGCAGGACGCCUUCGCCGCCAUCGGGCAGAACGCCAACCUCGACCUGCCGCAGAUCGCCGUGGUGGGGGGGCAGAGCGCCGGCAAGAGCUCGGUGCUGGAAAAUUUCGUCGGGAGGGACUUUCUGCCACGUGGUUCUGGCAUCGUAACCAGACGCCCACUGGUCCUGCAGCUAGUCAACUCCAGCACAGAAUAUGGUGAGUUCCUACACUGCAAAGGAAAGAAAUUCACGGAUUUUGAGGAGGUCCGUUUGGAGAUCGAGGCUGAAACUGAUCGUGUUACUGGCUCAAACAAAGGGAUUUCCCCUGUGCCCAUCAACCUCAGAGUCUAUUCUCCCCAUGUCCUGAACCUGACCUUGGUGGAUCUCCCAGGUAUGACGAAAGUCCCAGUAGGGGAUCAGCCCCCUGACAUCGAGUUCCAGAUCCGAGAUAUGCUUAUGCAGUUUGUCACCAAAGAGAACUGCCUCAUCCUGGCAGUAUCCCCAGCCAACUCUGAUUUGGCCAAUUCUGAUGCUCUGAAGAUUGCAAAGGAGGUGGAUCCUCAAGGGCAACGCACUAUUGGAGUCAUCACUAAGCUGGAUCUUAUGGAUGAAGGAACUGAUGCAAGAGAUGUACUAGAAAACAAAUUACUUCCUCUACGUAGAGGUUACAUUGGUGUAGUCAACAGAAGUCAGAAGGACAUUGAUGGCAAGAAGGACAUUCAGGCAGCUCUGGCUGCAGAGAGGAAAUUUUUUCUCUCCCACCCUGCCUACAGACAUAUGGCUGACCGCAUGGGAACCCCCUACCUGCAGAAAGUGCUGAACCAGCAAUUGACCAAUCACAUCCGUGACACCCUGCCAGGGCUGAGGAACAAGCUCCAGAGCCAGCUUCUCUCCAUUGAGAAGGAGGUAGAGGAAUACAAGAACUUUCGCCCUGAUGACCCUGCUCGCAAGACUAAAGCUCUGCUUCAGAUGGUCCAGCAGUUUGCUGUGGACUUUGAGAAACGUAUUGAAGGCUCUGGAGACCAAAUUGAUACCUAUGAGCUGUCAGGAGGAGCUAGGAUUAACCGUAUCUUCCAUGAGCGUUUCCCCUUUGAACUGGUGAAGAUGGAGUUUGAUGAGAAGGAGCUGCGACGGGAGAUUAGCUAUGCCAUCAAGAACAUCCAUGGUAUCAGAACCGGUCUCUUCACACCCGACAUGGCAUUUGAGACCAUUGUGAAAAAGCAGGUGAAGAAGAUUAAAGAGCCUUGCCUGAAAUGCGUCGACAUGGUUAUUUCGGAGUUAAUCAAUACCGUUAGACAGUGCACCAAGAAGCUCAGCCAGUACCCUCAUCUGCGUGAGGAGAUGGAGAGGAUUGUUACUACCCACAUCCGUGAGCGAGAAGGCAGGACCAAAGAUCAGGUCAUGCUUCUAAUAGACAUUGAGCUGGCUUACAUGAAUACAAACCAUGAGGAUUUCAUUGGCUUUGCCAAUGCUCAGCAGAGGAGCAGCCAGAUGAGCAAGAAGAAGGCAGCUGGGAACCAGGAUGAGAUCCUGGUCAUCCGAAAGGGCUGGCUCACCAUCAACAACAUUGGGAUCAUGAAGGGUGGCUCCAAGGAGUACUGGUUUGUCCUGACAGCAGAGAACCUCUCCUGGUAUAAGGACGAUGAGGAGAAGGAGAAAAAGUAUAUGUUGCCAGUGGAUAACCUGAAACUGCGAGAUGUUGAGAAGGGGUUCAUGUCCAGCAAACACAUCUUUGCUCUCUUCAACACUGAACAGAGGAAUGUUUACAAGGAUUACCGGCAGCUGGAGCUGGCCUGUGAGACCCAGGAGGAAGUGGAUAGCUGGAAGGCUUCCUUCCUUCGUGCAGGGGUCUACCCAGAACGUGUUGGGGACAAGGACAAAGCCAGUGAAGCAGAGGAGAAUGGAUCAGACAGUUUCAUGCACUCCAUGGACCCUCAGCUGGAGAGACAAGUGGAAACAAUCAGGAAUCUGGUGGAUUCCUACAUGGCAAUUGUCAACAAAACCAUCAGAGACCUCAUGCCGAAGACAAUCAUGCACCUCAUGAUAAACAAUACCAAGGACUUCAUCCACUCAGAGCUGCUGGCAAACCUGUAUUCCUGUGGUGACCAGAAUACACUGAUGGAGGAAUCAGCAGAGCAGGCCCAGCGACGGGAUGAAAUGCUGCGCAUGUACCAUGCCCUGAAAGAGGCCCUCAACAUCAUCGGGGACAUCAACACCAGCACUAUCAGCACCCCAAUGCCCCCACCGGUGGACGACUCUUGGCUGCAGGUCUCCUACGUCCAGCCCCACGCCGCAAAGGAGAGCUCCCGCUGUGCCACCGGCCAGACCUGGGUCUCGAGGCCCAGCUCCUGGGCCACCUCCUGCUGGUGGGUCAACGCUGGGUGGUGCACCCCCUGUGCCCUCCAGGCCAGGUGCCUCUCCUGAUCCCUUUGGGCCCCCUCCUCAGGUUCCUUCUCGACCUAAUCGUGCUCCUCCUGGUGUUCCCAGUCGUUCAUAGACUCCUCCGGAUCCUGAUACCAGCUUGUCAUUUGAGUUCACUGAUGAAUGGAGAAUUUCCAAUGACAAGGGACUCUUUCUCUUCUUCUCCUGUAUAUAGAAUAAGAAUGUUCCCUGCUAGCACUUGGACUCGGGUCCUUCUGCCAUGGGUGAACGAAUGCCAUCUCCACUUUUGCUUUUUUAAUACCCAUCUUUUCCCUUGCUAACUGGGCUACACUAUUUUGUGUGUGAGAGAAACAAAGCCCUUGUAGAUGGCAUGAGUGGGCUGUGCUCUAGGAGUUGGUGCCGUGUAGUGAACUGGAAGUGCAUGGUGGUGGCUGGGUGUGCUUAGAGUGCAUGUGCACAUUACCUGUAUAGAAGUUCAGCUGGAUGUUUGUGCCUCCAGGUUGUGUGAGCGUCUGAUUUUAUGGAUGAUGAACUUAAAGACAAGUGUUGCUUCACUUUUCUCAUAAACACAAUUGCAUAGACAUGCUUUCACAUAGAAACACCACAUGAUCCAUUUUCUUACAUGGGAUGGUUUUCCUGCAUAUAAUUAAGUCCUCUUCAGACUGACUUUCCACCCUGCCUCUAUACUUAGCAUUUAUUCAGCCUACUACAGAAGUCCAUACCACCAAAUUCAUAUAUUUAGGAGCUGAAAGCUACAAAUAAUAGAAGGUCCUGUCUGUGCAAUGAAGGACUGUAUUCAUUAAGAGUGUAUGCUCAUUUGGGCUAUUUAGGAGGAUUUGGUCUGAGAGAAAACUAUGAAGGUAUUCCACCAGGUACUUAGUCUCAAGUUCAAACUUUCUUUUGACAAAAACUAUAGGUUCAGGCAAGUUCAAAGGAAAAAUAAUUUUAAAUCAGAAUGACUUGACCACUGGAAAAAUCUGUUGCAGGCAGUAAUGAAUUUUUUGUUCUUUGAUAUGUCUGAGGAAAAAAGAUGCAAGUAAUCAGCAUCUGUAAACAUAACUUCACGUUUUUAUCACUUGAUUUAUUCAGGAGGUGUAAGCAGCUGAUCUUAUGAUUAGUGACCUUUUAAAUAUCUUCACCUGUUUCCCUCUUCUGAGUAUUACUCAGUGCUCAGUUUGGCAUGUUACCUCCCUCUUUCCUGAGCUGUCUGUUUCAACUCUAACACUUAGUAUGGUCAGAAGAUACAAAUUCUCAAUGAGACAAGUUAACCCACCUGUGCCCAGCUGCCUGGUGCUGACACCUACAUAUGCUCCAGGCUGAGCAAGUGUGAAUGCAUUUGGGUCUCUGGAUGUGUGAAUAGAGUUGUCUCUAGCUGGGUGGGAGAGUGAGCAACAGCUGGUGGUGUGUGGAGAGAGCAAUGGCCCUGAGCAUGCCCUUGUGCACAGCAGGGUUCUGGAUGGAAGUGUGUAAAGAUGAGGCUGUGAACAUGUGCAAAGUCCUGCAUGACUGAGUGCAGCCCUACCCAGCAGUGCACACUGGUGUGGUGUUCUGGGAGGGGGGGCAUGUGAAUGUGGCUCUGUGCAAGUGCAUGUCUAUCUCUGUUCCACCUUCCUGACAGUCUGUGUGGCCUCUGCCUUGAACUGUCUGAACUGCCAUGUUGAUUUCAUGUUGUCUUUCAGAAUCACUAUCAGUGACCCCUGAGGACUGGCAGCCACGAAGGGGCCCUGCCUCACCUACUCGACCUACCAUAAUCCGACCGGCUGAACCGUCCCUCUUAGAUCUAUAACUCGAGGCUGUAGACAGCUGGCGACGAAUGCCGUGCUGGCGGCUUCCCCAUUCCACCCUCCCUUCCACAACCACAGUCACUCCUCUCAUCCAUCCCACAUCUGCCUCCCACCGCCCCUUCCUGGUGUGUCGUAAAACACUAGCCUAGUGAUUGAGCUCUUCGUCUUCACUCGUGCGUCCUGUAUUGCUUUGUGAGCGUAGAGUAGCCUUCAUUCAGUGGCACGGAUCCCUGAAGUACACAGGCUCCUUGGAGAGAUCAGCCGCAGGGACAUCCUUAAGUCCAAGCGGUGGCUGUCCGUCCAGUUAUUUCAUCUGCCUGGUCUAGCCGGGAUAAGUGUCCUGCCUGCAUCAGUUAGCUGUAGCACCUAGGACUGAUCUGUAAUUAUUCUUUUCUUGUAGUUAAGAAGAUAAAAGUGUGACUUAGGAGCAAAAUGCUGUCAAACCUGACACUGUUAGGAACAGAUUACAUGUCCUGUGUAUUAGUUUGACUUCUAAGGUGCAAAAAUUCAUGUUGGGAACAGUGCAAUCUACCUUAUAUCAAAGCGAGGCAGGGAGAUGGAGAAGGGGGGAGCUCAAUGGAUCGGCAUAGUCCUCUAGAGUGAAGUCUGAGAUAGCGCACACCUCAGCGUGCAGGGAGCACACGGACCUGCUCGUGCUCAGCUCCCCAAAGGAGCUGGGGAAAUCCUGCUGGUGAAGCACUGGCUCCUGCCAGCAGCUGUCUUGCAUCAUUUUUGGCUGACUUUCCUGAACCCAGCAGGGAGAGGGGAAUAGAUACGCUGCUCCCCCCUUGCAAAUGGACAACCAAAUGUUUUCAGGGAGUUUGCUUUGUAAUGUUUUGUUGAAAAUAUUUCUGCUUUGAAUAAGCACAUCUCUCAGUGUUUUUGGUACUGUGGUGACUUCUUCCGUAGCCUUUUCUUGCAUGUGGAUGGUACGUGUUUGGGGAAACUUGUAACUGUUGUUUAUCACGACUCAUCUUCUUAAGGUUUGGUUUUUACUCUUCAUGUUAUGUGUAUUAAAAAUACUACAAAAAAAAAGACUUCCGAAUUAAAAAUAUAUCAACCCUGUACAUCUUGGAUGUCAUGUCUCUGCCAGAAAUGAGCCACCCAUGUUGCAGACUUUCAACUAGGUCUGAUUCAGAUUUAAGUUCUCUCUUUCCAGUGUGAUUGUCAUGAAUUUCUGUUGUGGAUCCUCUAUUUUUCUGAUGACGGUUCCUUUCUGUAUUUUAACUAUUGUUUUACUACCUCUUCCCCUCUUCCUUCCCUUCCCCCUUUUCUUUUUUUGUCUUCAAAUUCCAGCCGGCCGGGUAAGGCCAGUCCCUCCCGCCCGGAGAGCCCAAAACCACCAUUUGACAUGUAGGCCUGCUCCCUCUGAGACUCUUUGCCUGCCUCUUAGCUGUUCUGUCCUGGAAUGGUCUGACUCAAACCUCACCCAUGGCUUGUUCUGUUUGUAUUUUGUGAUACACACAUUAUCAGAUGUGACUGUAGUGAAACUGUUUUUUUCCUCUUCCCAGCUGCUUUAAAGGAGUUAAACAAGUAUAUUGUAGUAAUGAGAAACAUAUCUUUACUGUUAUAAAUAUCUAUAAAUAUAUAUAUAAAGAUGGAAAAUCUAUAUAUGUCCAGGUGUUUAAAGCCAUUUGUGCUUCCAUGUGGAUUUUAGGAAAUGCUUAAGUAGGGAAAGAAUAUCUAUAUACAUAUAUAUAUACACCCAGAAAAGUUAACCAAAUCCUGAUGUUGAGUUUUUGAGCUGAUUGUUAAAUUCUCUGCUGUGUGCAGUUGGGUUACUUGUAUUACCCCAGACUUGUGGGUGAACUGUCUCAGUGCUGGUAGUAGCUGUGAUGCAGUUUGUGAUCUACCUGUCACUCUUGUUUAUUGGAUGAAAUAAACUAUCAUUUCUGUAUAAUGAAGGACUCCACAACUAGAAUAAAAUCAUCUCUUUCUCUUGC